CUUUCUAGUCUUCUUUCUUCUUCUUUCAAUUCCCUUUCUCUCUCAUCCUCCUCUGUUUCUCUCUGUUUUCCCUUUAACGCCUUCUCAAUGUCCUCGGAAACCCUCUCCCACCCAGAUUCCUCUGCCGCUGCUGCUGAUAUGUCCAAUGGCGGCGGCGAACUGCCUUCUGAGGAACGGUGCUCGGUGGAGGAGGUGGCUCUGGUGGUGCCCGAAACUGACGACCCGACUCUUCCUGUGAUGACUUUUCGAUCAUGGGUUCUUGGUCUCGUUUCUUGUUGCCUUCUCAUUUUCCUCAACACUUUCUUCACUUACCGUUCUCAGCCACUCGCCAUCUCCGCCAUUCUUAUGCAGAUCGCUGUUCUCCCAAUUGGCCGCUUCAUGGCCUCCACUCUCCCAAACAGGGACUUCCAUUUCUUUCGAUGGAAGUUUAGUCUCAAUCCUGGCCCUUUCAAUAUGAAGGAGCAUGUUAUUAUCACCAUUUUUGCUAACUGUGGCAUCUCCUAUGGCGGCGGCGACGCCUAUUCCAUCGGCGCCAUUACUGUCAUGAAAGCUUAUUAUAAACAGGGCUUGAAUUUCUUCUUAGCCCUUCUCAUCGUCUUAACUACCCAGAUUUUGGGAUAUGGAUGGGCUGGAAUGCUGAGAAGGUACCUGGUAGAUCCUGUUGAAAUGUGGUGGCCUGCAAAUCUGGCACAGGUUUCUCUGUUUAGAGCCCUUCACGAGACAGAGGACAGAUCAAAAGGGAUGACAAGGAUGAAAUUCUUCUUGAUCUUCAUGGGAGCAAGCUUCGUGUACUACGUUUUUCCAGGUUACUUGUUACAAAUCUUAUCAUUCUUCUCGUGGGUUUGUUGGGUUUGGCCUCGCAGCAUCACGGCUCAGCAAAUUGGGUCGAGCCAAAGUGGACUUGGGCUCGGUGCUUUCAGCUUUGAUUGGGCUGGGAUUUCGGCCUACCAUGGAAGCCCACUGGUGACGCCAUGGUCUUCAAUUCUAAAUGUGGGUGUUGGGUUUGUGAUGUUCAUUUAUAUCAUCCUCCCUGUUUGCUACUGGAAGUUUAACACCUUCGACGCCCGCAAAUUCCCCAUUUUCUCUAAUAAGCUCUUCACCAGAACCGGCCAUAAAUAUGAUAUUACGAAGGUUUUAACCCCCAAAUUUGAUCUCAAUGUUGCUGCUUAUAAUAACUAUUCGAAGCUGUAUCUUAGCCCCCUGUUUGCCCUCUCCAUUGGAUCUGGCUUUGCCAGGUUCACUGCUACUCUCACCCAUGUCGCCUUGUUUCAUGGACGGGACAUAUGGAAGCAGAGCAGGACAGCAAUCAAGAAUGCAAAACUGGACAUCCAUGCCAAGCUGAUGCAAAACUACAAACAAGUGCCAGAAUGGUGGUUCUUGAUCCUAUUAUUUGGUAGCACUGUGAUAUCUCUUCUGAUGUCGAUUGUGUGGAAGGACAUCGUGCAGCUGCCGUGGUGGGGUAUGUUAUUCGCCUUCGUUAUGGCUUGGAUUGUCACCCUCCCAAUCGGGGUCAUUCAAGCGACAACCAACCAGCAACCUGGAUAUGAUAUCAUAGCACAGCUCAUCAUUGGUUAUAUUCUCCCUGGAAAACCAAUAGCAAAUCUUCUUUUCAAGAUCUAUGGAAGAAUCAGUACCGUUCAUGCUCUUUCUUUCUUAUCCGAUCUUAAACUUGGCCAUUACAUGAAAAUUCCACCAAGAUGCAUGUACACGGCCCAGUUAGUCGGGACACUCGUUGCCGGGACGAUUAACCUCGCCGUUGCUUGGUGGAUGUUAGACAAUAUAGAGAACAUCUGUGAUACUGAGGCUCUCCAACCUGAUAGUCCAUGGACGUGUCCGAAAUACCGAGUGACGUUUGAUGCAUCUGUUAUCUGGGGACUAAUAGGACCGAGGCGAUUGUUUGGACCGGGCGGGUUGUAUCGAAACUUGGUGUGGCUAUUCUUGAUUGGAGCUGUUCUUCCCAUUCCUAUUUGGGCAUUGAGUAAAGCUUUCCCGGAAAAGAAAUGGAUUGCAUUGAUAAACAUACCAGUUAUAUCCUAUGGCUUUGCAGGGAUGCCACCAGCAACACCUACAAACAUAGCUAGUUGGCUCAUCACUGGUACCAUUUUCAACUACUUCGUCUUCCGAUACCAUAAGCGAUGGUGGCAGAAGUACAACUACGUCCUCUCGGCUGCGCUCGACGCAGGGACAGCGUUCAUGGGCGUGCUGCUUUUCAUUGUGCUGCAGAAUGAGGGACAUAACUUGAGGUGGUGGGGAUCACAACCUGAUCACUGUCCUUUGGCUCAGUGUCCAACCGCUCCUGGGAUCGUCGUUAAAGGAUGUCCAGUGUUUUAGCUAGCUCGUCGAAGUCCUGGACGAUGAAACUGAUAGCCAUUAUGUUAUAGAGAGUUAGGUUCAUGUUCUUUUUUUGUUUAUGUUGUUCGUAAAUGUUAGUUUGAAAUGAUUUGGGUAGGCUUUAUAUAAGGCAUCAUGUUAGGUA